AUGAGCAAAACCAACCGAACACCAUCACGUUGUGUAUUCAUUGGUAAUAUUGCCUAUGAUGCCUCUACCGAUAAAUUAAAACAAAUAUUUAACGAGGCUGGACAAGUUGUUAAUUUUCGUAUGGUUUUCGAUAGGGAAACUAACAAACCUAAGGGAUAUGCUUUUUGUGAAUUUAUUGAUGAAGGUAGUGCUAGUAAUGCUAUGAAAACAUUGGAUGGAAGGGAUUUUAACGGAAGAAAACUUCGUGUUGAUUUUGCUGAU